UAGUAGGAAAUUAACUUUCGUUGAGAAAAGUCGAGUCGUUAAUCGCUCACGAACUCUAUUAUAUAGUGUACAUCUAUCAAAAAUAAAGUGACUUUAAAAGUAUAUAAAUUAAAAUUUGUAUAAAAAAAAAAAAAAAUUAGCUCUGAGGAUUAUGGGCGUUAAAAAUAAUACAAUUUUCAUCAAAUAAUUUUGAUUUUGAAGCUUCUUUGAAGAGAAAUGAAAACAUCCUCACGUUGUGACGUGAAAGAUGUCCUUCGAAGAAGGAUACCAAUUAUUGCAUGGCUUCCCAAUUAUUCCAUCAAUAAAUUCCUUCAGGACAGUCUCGCAGGAUUUACUGUUGGUCUGACAGUUAUUCCUCAAGGAAUCGCAUACGCCAUAGUUGCGGGUUUACCUGCUCAGUAUGGACUGUAUAGCAGUUUUAUGGGGUGUUUCAUUUAUCUAUUUUUUGGAAGCAGUAAGGAUAUUACUGUAGGACCAACUGCAAUAAUGGCUCUUCUUUCUUUUCCAUACGUAAAGGCAAUGGGACCGGAUAUUGCUGUUCUUCUAUGUUUUUUAACUGGUUGUGUAAUAACACUAAUGGGUAUUUUUCAUUUGGGAUUUCUUGUCGAUUUCAUUAGUAUGCCAGUAAUUUGUGGAUUUACAAAUGCAGCAGCAGUAAUAAUUGGUUUCUCACAAGUUGGCACACUUUUUGGUCUAAGUGGAAGAAGUGAUUCCGUCUACGAUGCUAUGAUGAAAUUAAUAAAUAAUUUUUUAGAAAUAAAAUUGUGGGAUACAAUUUUAGGAGUCUUGUGUAUUAUAGCGCUAUUUUGUCUAAAGAAUUUACCGGGAAAAAAAUUUGGCUCACCAUUUGAAAAGACAUUGUGGCUUUUAAGUUUGAGUCGAAAUGCCAUAGUUGUGAUAACAGGGACAAUUUUAGCUUAUUCAUUUUCAUUGAGCGAUCAACCGAUACCAUUUAAAAUAACUGGAAAUAUAACAGAGGGCCUGCCACCAUUUUCAUCACCACCAUUUUCAACAAUUUACAAUAAUAAAACCUAUUCAUUUUUGGAUAUGACAACUAAACUUGGCAGUAGUAUUGCUUCAGUGCCAUUUAUUGCAAUUUUGGAAAGUAUUGCCAUUGCAAAAGCGUUUGCUAAAGGCAGAUCUUUGGAUGCAACACAAGAAAUGAUUGCACUGGGUCUUUGUAAUAUUAUGGGUAGUUUUGUAAAAUCGAUGCCUGUAACUGGAAGUUUUACGAGGACAGCUGUUAAUUUUACCUCAGGUGUAAAGACACCUAUGGGUGGAAUAGUCACUGGAUGUGUGGUUCUUCUUGCUUGUGGUUUAUUAACGUCAGCUUUUAAAUUCAUACCAAAAGCCACAUUAGCUGCAAUUAUAAUUGUCGCUAUGUACAAUAUGUUGGAAUUUAACAUAUUCUCCGUUCUAUGGAAGACAAAGAAGAUAGACAUAAUUCCAUUGACGGUCACAUUGGUGUGCUCUUUGAUAUUUGGUCCUGAAUAUGGAAUGCUGGCUGGAAUCACGAUAAAUUUAAUGUUACUGCUUUAUUUUACCGCAAGGCCAGGAUUAAUUAUUGAGGAGAGAACAGUUGACGACGGUUUAAUCAUUCUUUUUGUAUCGCCAAAGCAAUCAUUGAGCUUUCCAGCUGCUGAAUAUUUGAGAGAGCAAGUCAUGUCUUGGUGUGAUGGAAGACAAGAAACAAUUCCUGUUGUUUUGGAUGGUAGAAAUGUAACUCGUAUUGAUACGACAGUAGCAAAAAAUUUAACAUUAUUAAAUAUGGAUUUAGAAGCGAGGAGGCAAAAACUUAUUUUAUGGAAAUGGUGCGAUGAGGCGAAAAAAACAUUGACAUGCUACGAUUCAGAAACAGCCAGCCUCUUUAGGUCCUGUACUCUAUCACAAAUAUUUUCAGAAGACAACAACACGAUUCUUCCUGAUAGAGUUGACGUUAUAAUAUAAUAAUAAUUGAAAAUUAUUUUCUCAAUUGCAUGUAAAUAUUAUUCGUUAAAAGAUAUUUUUAUUUGUUAAAAUAUCGCUGUUUUCUUGUAUUAUAUAUAAAAUAUCAUUAAAUAUUUUUUUAAAUAUAUUUAUUAAAUUUUUACAAAAAUAUGAGAA